AUGUACCGAGUGGAGUUGUGCCGGUGUCGGUUCAGGGACGUGUUCAGGCCACCCCGCGGCUGCCUCUCCUUGCAGAUCAUCUCCGAGGAGAUUUCAGGGAACAACGGCUACGUGGAGCUGGCCUUCCGUGCCAAGAAGCUGGAUGACAAGGACCUCUUCAGCAAGUCGGAUCCCUUCCUGGAGAUCUACCGCAUUGACGAUGACCGCAGCGAGCAGCUCGUGUACCGCACGGAGGUGGUGAAGAACAACCUGAGCCCUGUCUGGGAGCCCUUCAAGGUGUCUCUCAACUCACUCUGCAGCUGUGAGGAGAAGAGGAAGCUGAGGGGUGUGGUGUGGGACUACGACUCCCGGGGCAAACACGACUUCAUUGGGGAGUUCUUCACCACCUUCGAGGAGAUGCAGAAGGCGAUGGGAGAGAACAAGGUGCAGUGGGACUGCAUGAACCCCAAGUACAAGAUUAAGAAGCGCAACUACAAGAACUCGGGGGUUGUGGUGCUGCUGGACCUGAAGAUCCACAGGGUCUACUCCUUUCUGGACUAUAUCAUGGGCGGCUGCCAGAUCCACUUCACGGUGGCCAUUGACUUCACAGCCUCCAAUGGGGACCCCCGAAAUAGCUGCUCCCUGCACUACAUCAACCCCUACCAGCCCAACGAGUAUCUCAAGGCGCUGGUGGCUGUGGGUGAGAUCUGCCAGGACUAUGACAGUGAUAAGAAAUUCUCAGCUCUGGGCUUUGGUGCCAGGAUCCCCCCCAAGUACGAGGUUUCCCACGACUUUGCCAUCAACUUCAACCCCGACAACGAUGAGUGUGAGGGCAUCCAGGGUGUUGUUGAGUCCUAUCAGAGCUGCCUGCCCAAAAUCCAGCUCUAUGGCCCCACCAACGUGGCUCCCAUCAUCACCAAGGUGGCUCGUGUGGCAGCCGAUGAGGAACGGACCAAGGAAGCGUCGCAAUACUUCAUCCUGCUGAUCCUGACAGACGGGGUGGUGACAGACAUGGCAGACACGCGGGAGGCCAUUGUUCGGGCCUCCUACCUGCCCAUGUCCAUCAUCAUCGUCGGGGUAGGCAACGCCGACUUCACCGACAUGCAGAUCCUGGACGGGGACGACGGUGUCCUGCGCUCCCCCAAGGGGGAGCCCGUCCUGCGCGACAUCGUCCAGUUCGUGCCCUUCCGCGAGUUCAAGAACGCGUCACCCACAGCCCUGGCGAAGUGCGUGCUGGCGGAGGUGCCCAAGCAGGUGGUGGAGUACUACAGCUACAAGGCGUUCCCCCCGCGCUGCCCCCGGCCCCCCACCCCCGACCCCAGCCUCGGCUCCCCCCAGUGAGGGACCCCCAGUGCCCCCAACCCAGCCUCAGUUUCCCCCAGUGAGAAACUCCCAGCCCCCACUCCAGCUUCGGCUUCCCCAGUUAGAGGUCCCCAGUGUCCCCAGCUGCAGCACCGGGUCACCUCACUGAGGGACCCUCGACCCAUCUUGGCUCCCCCCAGUGAGGAUCUCCAGUUCCCCCCGGUGUGGCACAGGGACAGACGGUGUCCCCGCGAGUCCCAGCCCUGCCACAGCCCCCCCCUCUGGGACAUGGGGUAGGUCCUGGCCCCCCUGUGCUGGACACUCUCUGCACUGCCCGGGGGUCCCCAGCAGGCACUACCCACUCCUGGUGUUGCGUGCCCUGCGGCCCAUCCCCGCUCCAUCCCUACUGUCCUUGUGGUCCUCUCGGUCCCCGCUUCUCUGUCACUGUGAUGUUUGGAGGCUGCAUGACUCCCCCAAUAAAGCAACACCCCUGUGCCCAUC